AUGGCGUUUGUAACCCAGCAUCAGGUCCAACAGUUCCACAAGGAUGGCUUCCUUGUCCUGGAGCAUUUUUUCACUGCAGAGGAGUGUGACAGCAUGAGGAACCAGAUUCAGAGAAUCAUAGCGGAGAUGGAAGUGCCGCUGCACUGCCGCACCGAGUUCUCCACCAAGGAAGAGGAGCAGCUCCAGGCGCAGGGUAGCUCGGAUUAUUUCCUAACCAGUGGAGACAAGAUUAGAUUCUUCUUUGAGAAAGGUGUUUUGGAUGAGAGAGGUAACUUUCUAAUUCCAAAGGAGAAAUCCAUCAGCAAGAUUGGCCACGCUUUACAUGCUUAUGAUCCUGUCUUCAAGCAAAUCACCCACUCCUCCAAGGUGCAGGAAUUGGGAAGAAAACUGGGCCUUGAGAGACCAGUAGUUGUGCAAAGCAUGUAUAUCUUCAAGCAACCUGGCAUUGGCGGUGAAGUGACCCCGCACCAGGAUGCCACCUUCCUGCACACGGAGCCUCUGGGCAGGAUCCUGGGGUUCUGGAUCGCCCUGGAGGAUGCCACGCGGGAGAACGGCUGCUUGUGGUUCAUUCCCGGCUCUCACGCCG